AUGAUCACAGCUCAAAGCAGACAGAAAUCUUAUGCAGACCUGAAGCGGAGGGAUAUUGAGUUCGAAGUGGGUGAUCAUGUGUUUCUUCGAGUGACACCACGAAAAGGACUCUCAGUGAAGAGAUUUGGCAAGAGAGGGAAACUAAGUCCCAGAUAUGUUGGUCCAUUUCAGAUAUUGGACAGAGUAGGCAGUGUAGCUUACAGAAUAGCUUUACCGCCAUCAUUAUCCGGGGUGCACAAUGUAUUUCAUGUAUCUCAACUCCGGAAAUAUGUGUCAGACCCAUCACAUGUUUUGAGCUAUGAAACACUAGGUUUGCAGGAAGAUUUGUCCUAUAAUGAACGUCCGGUAAAGAUUCUUGAUCAAAAUGAUAGGAUUUUGAGAAAUAAGACAAUUACCCUAGUGAAAGUCCUAUGGAGAAACAGCGUGGUUGAGGAAGCUACCUAG